UCUAUAAUAAUGAUCCUAUCUCGCAUUUCCAUUGGCUAUAAGUUAGAAGGGGCGUGAACAACUAGCCAGUUCAACAAGUGUCCUCUUACGCAGCCGCCAUUACAAUUGAAACCUCAUCGUGUAAACCACUCAGCAAGUACGAUUUAAGUUAACUGAGGAUAUUAAAUCCACAUCCCUUGUUGGAUUUUUUUUAACACAACAUUACUGUGGCACACAAGGGUAACAGACCAUGGAUUUGUUUUCUGGCUUGAAGAGCUUCUUUAAAACAGAUGCUACAACAAUAGACAACAAUGUAUUCCGUUUGCAUUACAAAGCUACUGCUGUAAUUCUUGUUGCUUUUAGUAUUCUUGUAACAGGCAGGCAAUAUAUUGGAGACCCAAUUGAUUGCAUAUCAAAAGAUGACAUACCGUCGGACUUACUAGAUACUUUUUGUUGGAUACAUACGACUUUUAGUUUACCGGACUCGUGGUUCAAAAAAGUGGGUGAGGAAGUGCCAUAUCCUGGAGUAGAUAAAUACACUCCGGGUGAAAAACGUGUCUACCAUGCCUAUUAUCAGUGGGUUUGUUUCGUUCUGUUUCUGCAAGCUAUCUUGUUCUAUGUGCCUAGAUACUUCUGGAAAGCUAUGGAAGGCGGUAGGGUUAAAAAUCUUAUUUUGGGCCUGAAUUCUCCUAUUUUACCAGAGGAGACCAAAACGACCAACCGAAAGCUUUUAAUCGAGUACAUGUAUAGCAAUCUCAACAAUCACAGUGUUUAUUUCAUGAGCUAUGCCUUGGCUGAAGUUAUGAACUUUGUGAAUGUGGUAGGGCAGAUUUUUCUAAUGGAUUCCUUCCUUGGGGGUGAAUUCUCGACUUACGGCUCUAAGGUAAUCCAAUUCACUGGCUGGGAUUGGUCUGUUCGCUACGAUCCCAUGAUUAAAGUAUUCCCUCGUCUUACCAAGUGUACCUUUCACAGAUAUGGUUCUUCUGGUGAUGUGCAACGUCACGAUGCCAUGUGUAUCCUACCCAUCAACAUAAUCAACGAAAAAAUCUACGUCUUCCUGUGGUUCUGGUUCAUCAUUCUUGCUAUUCUGUCCGGAAUUGUCUUACUUUACAGAGCUUUGAUCGUUUUUUACCCGAGAUCCCGUUUGAUGGUUACUCGUUCCCGAGCGCGUCUUGCCAAUCCAGAUUAUCUUGAAACGAUCAUCAACAAGUGCAAACUGGGUGACUGGCUUCUCAUCGACUUGCUGUCGAAAAAUUUGGAUCCACUAAAUUUCAGAGAUGUCAUCAAUGACUUUGCAAGAAGACUGGAUGGAAAAGGUUUAGAUGUUUAAUGAGUUUUAGAUUAAAAUUUGCAAAGACUUUUAUAAUGAAACAUUUUUAAUGACUAAGAGUUGUGUCCAUUCACAUUUAAGUUGAAAUGUGUGUUGAUAUAACUCUUUUCAUACAGUUUUAAUGCUGCCACAAUCAUUAAGUGCCUUUAUCAUUGAAAAACAACAUUUGUGUAACUUAUAAUUCUAAAAAAAAAAAAAAAGCUCAAAUAUUUUUAUAUCAUGUUUACACAAGAAUUUUUAAAUUCAUUCCAUUUAUAAACUUUUCAACAUUUCCCUUCCUCAAAAACAGAUUUAUUUUUUUUUUAAUUGCAGAUAAUUGUGCAAUAAUGCUCUGUAUGCCCUUUUAUGAAGGUGUGUGAUAUUAAUUUAAUUAUUUAUUUUGACUGUGCAGUCUACUGCAGAAAUUGCAAUCAAAAAGUAUGUACUACAUACUUGAUUGAAGAUAGAAUUUAUUAGUAUUUAUUAAUAAAAUUAGACUGAUUAAUGUGAUCAUUUAUUUAUUUUAUAUUUAAAUCAAUUCAUUAAAAUAAAAUUUCAUCGGUGCCAAAUUAUUUUAAUUAAUAACUUUAACCGUCAAGUAAUAAACUUAAUUUUCUUCACAUUAAAAUCUACAUGAUAAAGAUUCUAUCGCGUAUCGAAAUAUAUUUAGUUUCGUUUUUCUGAUUGCAUGUUAAUUCUGUCAGAUUUGGCACUAGUGAAAUUUUUUAUUUUCCUUUUAUUUUUCUUAAAUUUAUCUUUGCGAUUUACCUAUAUUGAAAAAAAAAAUCAUUCAUAUUUGGGCAGUUUAUUUUCAUUAAGUGUAAAAGUGUUUCGUUUUUUCUAAUUAAUUAAACAUCAUAUUUAAUAUUUUCUAGAUUGAUUUUUUUUAAUGUGUAUUUUGUAAUUUCUUUCGUGUUUGAAAAGUGGAGAUGGAAAUUUAAAUGUUUUAACUCUUAUACUUGUUCCUACUUGUUACACAUCUAUCUCGUAUGGGAAUGUGAUUCUUGACUCUGUAGUGUUUACUGCCAUGUGUUUUUAAGUGCUGUUUUUUAAAAGUGCCUAUCUUUACAUAUUUUUCUUGUUAUAUAUGAUGGCAUCUUUCACGUAUUCUAUGCAUUUAUUCAUUAUCAUCUUCAUCAAAUGUAAUUGCAGCGAAUUUAUUGUUCUGCAUAUAUUUUUGAAAGACAGCUGGUUAUGAAAAAAAGGGGUCCAAUGUUUGCUACAAUUUUCAUUUUAUAGGGUUCCAAUUUUAUUGUGUAUUUUAUGUGUCCAUUCCUGUAAAUAUAUUGAGAAAAGCAAUAGUUGAAAUCGAAUAUGUGAUAAUGUUAUGUGUAAAAGCUAUUUUUUUUUUUGCCUAUUGCAAUGAGAGACCAACUGGCUGUCAUCUGCUUAGGGUGGGAAAAAAUGAUAUCAUGAUAUGCAGACUGAAAAAUCUUUCUAUUUUAUAUAUCAUUUGUCUAUUUUUGAGUGCCACAGUGACUCAAGCUAUUUUAGCUUGUGUAUUUAUAAUUACAAUUGAGUAAUAAAGUUUGAAUUUUUUGGAUAAA